AUGAAGUUUCCAAUCGUCUUCUUCCUCAUCCUCCCAAUCAUUGCUACUUAUGAAUUGGAUAUCUAUGAGCGUCUGCGUAAUCUGACUUCUCCAGAAUACCAGGAUCAAUUUCAGUUUAUAAUUGACGAUUUGUCAGUUAGUGAAGAAGAAACUAAUCGGAAAUUGAUAGAGUUGGCAACUAGUUUUGAUCAACAGAAUCUUUUUCGCCGAGAAUUGGUUGCCAAUAAAAUACUCAGGAACAUGUUGUAUGCAGAUUUUCUGUCUGCCACUCAAAGAAUCAAGGAAGCAAAAAGACAAGCUCAAGCUAUUUUAGCGAAUAGAAACCGAACAGCUGAAGAACAAUAUCAAGCAGCUGUCAAACUAGACAAACAUUUCCCAAUGGAGAUGUCAGUUCUUCUUGAUAUUUGUAAAGGCAUGGGAUACAAAAACGCGAAAGAAGUCAUUGCGAGUUCACUGAAAGAUAUUCCAAAGACGGUUCAAUUGGCUAAAGAUCUACAGAAAUACGCUGAUGAGGCACAAGAAAAUGGAUAUGCGAUUGCUCAGGCACUCAAUGAUUUGCCAUUUGUGAGCAGAAAAUCUCGGCUAGAUGCUCGCAAAGAUUUUCUGAAUAACACUCCGAAGGCGAUGGUCGUCCACGAUUUUGUUGUGAGAGCGGUGAUGGAGGGAUUGAAUUCUAUUCUUAUCAAUGAAUAG